CAGGCCCACGCCGCAAGCCGGGCACGGUGGUCAGGCUUCCUUCCGGUUUCCUAGGGGAGGGCGGAAGUGUUGGUUUUUAGCGGCUCCCGCAGUAGAAGCGUGGUGAAAGCGGCAGCGAGUGUGUUGUUGAAGUGCUCGGAUUCUCGUGGCUGUGCAGGGAUUUACCCACCGCCAUGGCUAGUAAAAGGACAAAGACCAAGACCACCAAGAAGCGCCCUCAGCGUGCAACAUCCAACGUGUUUGCCAUGUUUGACCAGUCACAGAUUCAGGAGUUCAAGGAGGCCUUCAACAUGAUUGAUCAGAACAGAGAUGGUUUCAUUGACAAGGAAGAUUUGCACGAUAUGCUUGCCUCACUGGGGAAAAAUCCAACUGAUGAAUAUCUGGAUGCCAUGAUGAAUGAGCCUCCAGGCCCCAUCAAUUUCACCAUGUUCCUCACCAUGUUCGGUGAGAAGUUAAAUGGCACAGACCCAGAAGAUGUCAUUAGAAAUGCUUUUGCUUGCUUUGAUGAAGAAGCAACUGGCACCAUUCAGGAAGAUUACCUGAGAGAGCUGCUGACAACCAUGGGAGAUCGGUUUACGGAUGAGGACGUGGACGAGCUGUACAGAGAAGCACCUAUUGACAAAAAGGGGAACUUCAAUUACAUUGAGUUCACCCGCAUCCUUAAACAUGGAGCAAAAGACAAAGACGACUGAAAAAAACUUCAAAUUCCAGCCAAACGUUCUUGUUACCACUUUGUGUAUUUCUGAGAUUUUCUCUUAGAGCCUGUUGCAUGCCCUUAGCUUUACAGCUUUUGCUUUUCCUGUUGUAUUUAUUCUCAGCCAUUUGGGGCAUAUGUAUCUUUAUAAUCAGACUGGAAAUGGGACUUUAUAUUAUGUUCAGAAUAGAGACUAUGGUAAGUUAACUUGCUACCCCUCUCCUCCCCAAAUAAGUGCAGUCUACAGAGUCAAUAUAUUUUUUCAGAGAAAGUUAUUCGCUCAAUUUUUUCUGAACUGUAAUUAAACUUUACAAUAAAAUA